AUGACGGCCAUCUUUGGACAGGAGCUGAGUUCUGGUAUGGCAGCGCUAGUAUAUGUUUUUUUAGUGCUGGCACUGGUGAUAUUAUGCGGAUCCAUUUGGUAUUACUGGAGCUAUGCACGAAAGAUUGAACGUUUUUUGGCUAGAGACAAUCAGAAUAACAACAUGAUGCGACAUCAUCUCGUAGACAGUUUUCUACAGCGUGGAGAGGAAGAAUGGCCUUGCUCUAUAUGCUUUCACGAUAAUCAUCCGGAUAAAACGAGCUGCGUUAUGUGUGGCACGCCUCGUAUCGUCACGGCUACGACCCCGUCUAAUCUUGCGCGAGCUUCAGGGCUUCACAAACAGAAUUUUAGUCAGAGUAUGCUGAAUCAACAGUCACGAGUGCGUAGUUUUCACGUCCGAAGACUAAAGCAAAUGGAUCUCACAUCACGGCAAAAGGCAGCGAUGCGUCGUCAUGUUUGGAAGCGUAAACGCGGGAAAGAUGGCGUCAUGCGCUGGGUACGUAUCGAUGCAAAGCAAAACACCAUGAGCAAGGAAAAGAGUAGCGACUCUGUUUACGCUGGACUGAGUACUCCAACGAAUGGCACAGCAAUACUAGGAGGCGACGACUUUGUUCUAACAUCCACUACUAGUCGCGUCUCGUCAACGUCUUCAUUGAAGGAAGACAAUGAGAUUGUUGCACGCGCAUUGCGAGACUUUGGUGUCUCGGAAGAGGAAGGACGACAUCCAGACAGCUCGUUCUUAUCGACUGAAAACGACUUAGGUCGUCCGUCUUUCCAGCCACUACGUGCUACAGCCUUGCAACUUCUUGAGGAGGCGGAAGAGCGUCCGACCAUGGCAUUUUAUUCGCAACAAAAUCCAUUUAACCGAGCAAACAGUGGCGUGAACCCGUUUGGUCUAAGCAGCAGUAAAAUCCUGCUUUCUGGAAGUACAACUAACCCAUUCGCAAAUACUCGAGGAUUAAAUCAGAUAAAUGAAGAUCGAGAAGGCACAGUCGACGGUAAAUUUGUUUCUGGAAUGAAAGGACUAGGAAUGGCUGAAGAUCGUCGCUUUCUCGAGUCGAACGAUACCGCCUUGUCAACAGUCUCAACAGGCUACGUGCGUCAUGAAAAUGGUGCAGGCGGCUUUGAGUGGACUCCUGCUGGAACAGUAAUUGCUUACUCGGAUACUAGCCGCCGUAUUGAAUGCGAGGAUGACCUCGAGGAGAUUGCGUCGUUAACCUUCCACGAUAAGAAUCGCUGGUUUCUUGAGCAAGUGCAAAAGCGUUGGCGUAGCUAUGAAGAGGGACAUAUUCAAUUUGUUGUCAGGCGGGAGCAUGUGGUAAGCGAUUCAAUGGAACAGAUGCUUAAGUGUCCACCCAGUCGAUUCUGGGAACGUUUACGUAUAUACUUCGAAAACGAGCCGGGAUUGGAUGCUGGUGGAUUGAUUCGCGAGUGGUAUGAGAUUUUGAGCGACUCAUUAUUUAACGAUGACUAUGGUCUGUUUAUUGCAACGAAAGGCGAGAAUAUGGGUUAUUGGAUCAACCCCGCGUCGGCUUCCAAGGUACCGAAUCAUUUGGAACACUAUGAAUUUAUUGGUCGAUUGCUAGCAAAGGCAUUGAUUGAAGGCUACAACAUGAAAAUGUCUCUUGCGCUUCCACUGAUCAAGCAUAUUUUGGGUGUGCCUAUUUCGUUUUCUGAUCUCGAAUUUCUGGACGAAGAUCUGUAUAAGAAUGCCAUGUGGAUGAAGCAUAACGAUCAUGCGGAUUUGCUCGCGAUCGACUUUACGGUGCAGGUGAUUACUUCUGAGGGCAAGUCGCACACUGUGGAACUUGUUCCAGGCGGUGCUGCCCGUGACGUAACAGAUGAAAACAAGGAGGAGUACUUGGAAUUGCUGCUCAAGCACUACAUGUUUGAGAGUAUAUCCGAACAGCUGGGUGCGUUGCUCAUGGGUUUUUAUGACAUCAUGCCUCAAUUCUUAAUUACCGUCUUUGACUACCAAGAGUUUGAUCUUUUGCUUUCUGGGGUACCGGAACUCGAUGUGAAUGACUGGCACACACAUAGUGAAGUGCGCUGGAUUAAGCUUGAGAAGUCGACUCCGGUAGAAAACCGCGUACUUAAGUGGUUUUGGGAGUGCAUGCGGGAGUUCACUAGCGAGGAGCGUGCUCGAUUGCUGCAAUUUGCCACUGGCACGUCUCGUGUUCCCAUCCAGGGUUUUAAGGCCCUCACAAGCAGUGACGGUCGUGUUCGGCGUUUCACUAUACAGUUUGUGCAACGUGGUGCUCCACCUACAGGCCUCAUGCCCAAAGGCCACACGUGUUUCAAUCGAAUCGACUUACCCCUUUAUCACACAAAGGAAGAAAUGAUUAAUUAUUUGACACUUGUGAUGAACAUGGAAAUUUCGGGCUUCUGGAUGGAGUAA